AUGGUUAAAGCAGAUGUGCGCAGAGAUUAUUAUGCCGACUUGGGAGUUAGUCCUGGUGCCGAUACGGAGGAGAUCAAGAAGCAGUUUCGCAAGCUUGCUUUGAAAUACCAUCCGGAUCGAAAUCCAGGGCGCGAAGCCGAGUUUAUAACAAAGUUCCAAGCUAUCCAGGCAGCACAUGAAAUUCUUUGCGACUCUCAACAACGCUUGAAAUAUGACACCGAGAGACUACGAGCUGGAUACGGGAAGCUAUAUGGACCUUCAUCUACGAAUACCCCUCGCCGUACAAAUACGACAUCGUAUCCUGCCAACAGUACAAGCAAACCACCAACUUCCAAACCUCAGCCCUCUCGUCCAGCUUCGUACCAAGCUCCACCGUCCAGUGGUGCCCAGAGAUAUGCGAGCUAUGCAAAAGCUGCGCCCCAGCAGCCCUAUGAUAAGAUGUACGAACAGCAAACCCGAGCGGAUGCCUUCCGUGCUUUUCAAGGGAUGAAAGCCAACGGCUGGUCAAAUUUCGAUCCUAAAUCUGGAAGACCGACUCCACCGCCCUGGAACGCAAGUGGUGGAACAACAUCAUCUCGUGGAAAGUCGGCAUACGAACAGAUGAAUACUAGGCAGCAUCCUGACGCAUUUGGACGAGCGUCAACCGUAAGGAAAAAGCAUGGCUUUGCUCCAGGAACCCCCGGCGGCGACGAACCUAUGGCCAGGAAUAUAUCAUCUUACUCAAAUACGCCGCGAGCUGAUAGGUCUUCUGCUUUCUUCGACAGUGUACCUGCGCCAACACCUAAGGCGAAAAGGACGCCAGCUUCUUCUCGUCCUGAAACUCCAGUGGAUGAAGUCCUCCCAGAGUUUGAACGUACCAGCCAUAAAUACGCAACGGCCGGAGGUGAAAGAACUUACUUUUCUAGCGCAGGGUUGGCUCGAGCGUACAGUAUGAGGGACUCGUCAUCCAGCUCCAAGGCACGAUCGCGGACAAACCCACCGAGUCCUCGUUCUCCGGCUCGUGAUAGGCACCGUAGCGCUAGUCCCGGUAUUAGACACCCGCACAAGGCUUACGCAUCUUCUACAUCAAGUUCCAGUAGCGAGGAUGAUCUGGAUAGCGAGGUCGAUCAACCCACAUCCAAACCAAGCCGAAAGGCCGUUCCAAAGAGUCGGUUGCGACCAGGCCAAACUUUCCAAUAUCAAGGACCAGGAUCAGGUGAGGAAACUUCCAGCAGCCACAGCCACCACCAUACGGACUACCAUUCAUUGCGGAGUCAUCGGCGUCGUCGUAGCCUUUUUAACAGGAGCCGACCCCACAGCUACCAUGAGUUCCAGGAUCAAAGUACUGACAGUGAUUACCAUCAAGGAAACGAUUCUGAUAAUUCGUCGUUUGCAGCAAGAGCUCAGCAGGCUGCUCAAGGAAGUCCAUUGCAUCCGGACCAAGCCGCUGAAGGGCUUGCCAACCUCAGUUUCUCUCAGAAUGGGGCUAAGAGCAGGAGCCAUGAUAAUCUGAAUAAACGAUUUUCUGCCAGCGACUGGGGCGACGCUAUCAGACCCGACCUAUUUGCGCCGAAUCCAGCCAAUGGGCACCACCGCAGCAGAUCAAAGACUUCACCUGCACGCGGUAGACCAGGAAGGAGAUUGGAUUCCAAGUCGCCGGCCAACGGCUUGUCUUCAAGCGAUGAAGCCGCGAAACAACACACCCCAAACUCAUGGAACCAAUCUCAGUUCUCCGCCGACGCGUGGGCUCAACAUCUACAGAGUAAAAAUUGGAUGUUCCAACCGAAUCAGACGCAGCAAGGUAAUUCGACUAGUGCCACGACAGGAAGAAACGUUCCUCGAACUACAUGGCGAGCGGCGCAAGGUCGACAACCUGCCGUAGCGACAGAAGCCGAGGAAGAGGAAAUAACAGUCUCGGCCCCUUCAUCUAAGGGUACUCCGACACCAGUGCCGGAUGCAAUGGAAAUUGAUGACGAGCCUCCUUCUCACUCAACUAAAGCACGUACAAAUGGAUAUGUAUCAUCACCACUGGUACCUCCCAAAACCGAUUCAAGUGCCAAAAGUGGCGACGAUGAAAAUGCUGGGAAGACAUCAGAAUGGAUGAGUAGUCUAUUCAAUAUGAGCGCACUCCACAACGUGACACCAUUCACUAGUUCAAAUAACGGGGGAAUAAACGAUUUGAACGACAUAUAUACAACACUUCCAUUUGAGUCUCGUCCCAACGAUCCAAAUACUGGCCGUCGGAUGGCUCCGCAACGGAGCAAGACGAGUCUUCCACAACCCCCUAAACGCCCUCCUCGGCCGGCAGUUGUGCCAAGCGGCAACGACCCUCGGAAUAUGGUUCUCCCAAAGCAAAGUUGGGAGAUCUAUGAGAGACAGAUGAGCGCGUACAUUGUUGAAUGGAACAAAUUCCAGAGGCAGAUGCUGCAGCUCUUGGCCAUGCGGCAACUAGGAUUUGAAACCGGUCUGGCUCCCAGAUGGAUCGAUGCCACGGGAGAUUCUCUUCGCUUGAACACCAAGUCUACUGAGGAUGACGCCGAUGUGCAAGUGGGCUCAGGAGAGGAGAGCGACGCCGACAAUGACUCUGAUUUACUUGUCCCGCAUAAUUCUCACGGUGGGUUCAAAGCAUAUUUCAACUCUGUUGAUGACUUUGCGCGAAUCAUCGAGCACUGGUCAGUUGCAUUGGAACGGCAUCGCGAUUGCAUGUCGCAACUUGGCGAACUUCGUCAAUGGAUUAGAGGUCAUCGAAAGCUAGCCUGA